AUGCAAUCGUUGAGAUGUCCAAUUACACACAACGUAUUUCAAGAUCCUGUCAUAUGUUCGGAUGGUCACACUUAUGAACGACAAGCGAUUACAGAAUGGCUUCGAUUACACAAAAAAAGUCCAAUGACACAACAACCGAUGAAUAUAACAACGUCACAAACGAAUUCCAUUGUGAAGAAUAUAAUCGAUGAGUUAAAUAUGGGAUUAAGAUCAUCACAGAAUCAACAUAGAUUCAAGCUUGAUGUCGAUAUUAAAAGAACCGCUCCAAGGCCCUUGUUUCAAGCAUUUGGAAAAUUUAUUUAUGAGGUCGAAUGGAUUAAAAAAAAAGGUCCACAGAUCAUCCUACUGAAAAUUGAUGGUGCUAAAGCCACUCGUGAAGCGUCAUUCUAUGUCCAAUUAAGUUGUCAUCCAUACAUCGUUCGAACAUUUGGCGUUGUCGACAGUAAUCCUGGUUCGUUGAUGCUACUCCAAGAACGUGCACCAAUGGGUGAUCUUGCGGAACUAUUACGAGAGAACCAUUUUAAGCCUAAUGAAAAAGCCUUAUGUGAAAUAUUCAUACAAUUAUGUGAGGCACUAAGUUUUCUUUCUUAUAAUUCCAUUGUACAUGGCGAUCUGGCAUGUCGCAAUGUUCUUGUCUUCCAAAUGAAUGCAACUGAGCCAAGCAGCAACUUGGUCAAGUUGACCGACUUCGGCUUAACUCGAGCAAGUUCAAUUUUCUCGGUAGUCGAUAGUUCAGCAUCAUCAACGAUGACAGUUGUGCCUGUACGAUAUGCAGCACCUGAGAUCCUUGCAAGAAUGGAUGGCUUGAGCUAUUCAGAAAAGUCCGACGUCUAUACCAUGGGUGUUUUGAUGUGGGAAGCAUGUUCUCAAGGUGUAUUACCCUAUUCAUCUGCGGAAAGAGAUCAAGAUGUUCGAAAUCGGAAACUGAAUGACGAGAGAUUAAAUCAACCUCUAUCAUGCAGUCCUCAUUUGUGGACUAUUAUCAAUCAAUGCUGGCAUCGACAACCUCAAGAUCGUCCCGAUUUUAGAUCAUUGAAGCGUUUAAUUUCUGUCAUUUUGUUCACAUCAGGGUCAAAGUAA